GCUCAGCCCUGGCAGUGCCCCUGCCCGCGCCCGUUUCGCGUCCCGCCGCACUCCGCCGCCGCCCGCCGCCGCCCCGCGGCACCGCCAUGAUCGUGGAGAGCAGCCGGGACGCGGCGCCCGAUGGCGUCGACGGCGGAGCUCUCAGCAGCCCCAUCAAUCUCGCCUACUUCUACGGGGCCUCACCCCACUCCAGUGAGGGCAGCUGCUCGCCGGCGCACUCCGCCCCGGGCUCGCCGGGCUCGGACUCGGACCUCUCGGUGAGCAGCCGCGGCGGCGGCCGGAGGGACCCCCGGGGCGGCGCCCGCCCCGCGCUGCAAGUUGAACAGCACAUGGCGGGGGGAAAGCAGCACAGAGGACCUUUCCAGGGGGUCCGUGUGAAGAACUCGGUGAAGGAGCUCCUGAUGCACUUCAGGAGCAGCAAACAGAUGUCUUCGGGCUCUGCCACGGAGGAGAGCAAGGCACAAGGAGGAUUGGUGAACUACGACCAAUACACAGCAGAUCUGAAGAGCAUCCUAGGUCACAGUGGCAAAAGAAAGGCUCCUGAGCAUCUUUCCGAUGGACCUUCUUUCAAGCGCCAAGCUAAUGUUCACCCACACCUCCUGACACCACCCCAGACACCAACCUCUAUGGAUAACAUGGAGGAGACUCAUAAAAACGACUCAAAGCAUGACAGCAGUUCUGAUCUGCUUCAGAAUAUUAUAAACAUCAAGAACGAGUCAAGCCCUGUGUCUCUGAACACAGUGCAGGUUAGCUGGUUGCACCCUGUCUCCAGUCACAGCUCACCUGGUGAGCAGUACCAGGACAGCCCAGGCACGCAGACUUUCUCCCCAUCCCAGAAGUACCAGGCAUUCCAGGAUCACACCUCCCACCAUAUGCUCGACCCGCCGCCGCAUUACCAGUUCCCUCCAUCCCAGAACCAAGAUUUGUCACAGAGCUAUCCUUCGGAUGCCUCCCUGGAGUACAGACCCUUUGCUGCCAAUGACCAGUCUCCUGCCUAUCAGCAGAACACCUUUGAGAGCCAUGAACUCCAGUACUGUCCAUCGCAGAGCUUCUCCUCGCUCUUGAACGACUCGGAAGGCUCGGAGGGCAUCUCCACUCCCCUCCAGCCGCUGGGCAGUGCCCCUCCACAGGCUGAUGUCAUCUCCCACACUCCCAAUUUCAGCUUGCUUUCUGGUAACAUCUAUGGUAGUCUGGAGCGCAGUGUCUCUGUGGCUACGUUGAAUGUCUCUCUACCUGACCAAAACAUUGCCAGAAGCACAACACAGCUAGGCAAGUCAUUUUUUCAAUGGCAAGUGGAGCAGGAGGAAAACAAGCUGGCUAACAUCUCUCAAGACCAGUUCCUUGCAAAAGACUCGGAUGGAGACACCUUCCUCCACAUUGCUGUUGCCCAGGGCCGAAGAGCACUCUCCUAUGUUCUUGCAAGGAAGAUGGCCGCCCUGCACAUGCUGGAUAUUAAAGAGCACAAUGGCCAGAGUGCUUUCCAGGUUGCUGUGGCUGCCAAUCAGCACCUUAUUGUGCAGGACUUGGUUAGCUUGGGGGCUCAAGUCAACACCACAGACUGCUGGGGUAGAACACCGUUGCAUGUUUGUGCUGAGAAGGGGCAUGCCCAGGUCCUUCAGGCAAUCCAAAAGGGAGCCAUGGGGAGCAAUCAGUAUGUGGACCUUGAGGCAACAAACUAUGAUGGUUUGACAGCAUUGCACUGUGCAGUUCUGGCCCAUAAUGCUGUGCUGCAUGAACUGCAAAACAGUCAGCCACCUCACUCCCCUGAGGUCCAGGAGCUUCUGCUGAGAAACAAGAGCCUGGUAGAAACCAUCAAGAUUCUGAUACAAAUGGGAGCCUCUGUUGAAGCAAAGGAUCGUAAAAGUGGUCGCUCAGCCUUACACUUGGCAGCAGAAGAAGCAAACCUGGAGCUCAUUCGUCUCUUCUUGGAGCUGCCCAACUGUCUGUCUUUCAUUAACGCAAAGGCUUACAAUGGCAACACGGCCCUCCAUGUGGCUGCCAGCCUGCAGUAUCGGGUGAGUCAGUUGGAUGCUGUGCGCCUGCUGAUGAGAAAGGGAGCUGAUCCAAGUGCCAGGAACUUGGAGAAUGAGCAACCCGUUCACCUGGUUCCUGAUGGCCUUGUAGGAGAACAGGUGAAAAAAACAAACCAAACAACCCUCUCCUCUGCUCCUGUCUCUCCCCACCUAUGCAAAAGCCUUAUUCCUCUUUGAAAGUUUUUGUUUGGGGAUUUUUGAAUUGUAGCUUUUAAGGAAAAGAUUUGGCAAAUGCUGUUUUAUUCGGGGAUCUCUGGUUUUAAUGUCAGGAUCAGGCAGCACAUACAAAGACAGGAAAUUAUAGAUUUUACUUGUAGCUUUUAUUUUUUCCAUCUCAAAAGUUCUUUCCUGUCAAGAUAGGCUGCUUUCUUUCUAGCCUUCCAAGAUGCUGGAGGUCAUGUCCUUUCUCUUGUUCAUCUCAAUAUGGUCUGAGAUCUUUUGUUUUUCUUGUAGUAAUUAGUAAUGGCAGUUCUUAGGCCUGAAUAAUAAAGAAAAUCCUCUUUUCCUGGUAGCUAUACAAAUAUGUGACGAGAGAGGUCUUGACCAAAGAAGCUAUUAAGAAACUGAGUAAUUCUCUUGCCUUUCAUUGGCUUAACUACCGCAAAAUUGGAUCAGUCCUGGUGUACCUGAACUCAACAUAGGCUAAGACAAAGCAGGAAUGCAAGACUGGCUCUAGUUUGUUGUUUUAGUUUUUAGUGUAAUGACUCACUUUAGGAUGAUGAAUACUAAUGGUUUUGUCUUUUUCUUUUCUUCAGAUAAGACGUAUCCUAAAAGGGAAGGCGAUUCAGCAGAGAAUGUCGCCAUUUUAAGCUCCAUGUUUCUUGGAGUUCAGCAACUCACACUCACUGUCAGUCAGGCAGUCCUAAUGUAUCUGUAAAUAGACCAUUUGCCUGGUGUGGGCAGAUGUUAGUUGUUUCCAUGAAACAAAAGUGUUUUGUUCACUAUCAUAUAGUGGGUUAUAUAAGAGUAAAAGUAAAAACCAAACCUAACAAUCAAAUUCCUCUGACCAGAUGGGAAUGUUUCAUUCCCAAGUACGUGGAAUAUUUGCCAGGAUAUCUGGAUUUCAUAGCUACAGCAAGAGUGGUUUUAUUUAAACAGCCAUACAGAUAACUUCUGGACAAGGACAAUUCUACAGGAAAUCUUUUUAUAUAGAGAGGGCGGAUACAUGUCAACACUGCAGCAAUUUUUUGUUGUGUUUUUAAUAAAUAUUAGUGCAAAAGGAAAGAAAAAUGUUUUUCAAGUUGAACAUUUAUUUAUGUAAUUUGGUAGCUUUCUUCCAGUAUCUUGGGCAGGAUUGUGUAUAGUCAUUCACAUUGUACAGCUGUAUAGUUCUGAGAAUCUAUUGAUUGCUUGUGGAAUGAACUGAAGAAACAAGUUCCUUGAUGUUGAACUUGCAAAUUUUAUUUCAAGUUAUAAUACCAUACUGUUGCCAGUCGGGUAAAUGUGGUUCUUUUGAAAGACUGAAGACCAAGAGUACAAUUAGGAUAGGUUGUCCCUAGUACUUAUUUGUGUAUGAUGUUUGAGUUGUUAAUAAAAUAUGAAAAGCUGUGCUUCUUCAGGGGACUGCAGCAGUUUUUCCUUGUACUCCGUGGAGGUUUUUCUUUUGGUGCGACAAGAGAUUGAGGGAGAAAGAUUGUGACUUCUAUAGUGUGUACAUAACUUUGUACUUCAAAGAAUAUGAUCCCCAUUCAGUGAAAGUAUUUAGCAUGUACUUAACUGUUGAUGCAUGCUGAAAAAUUUCUGUUCAUUAUAAUACUUCAACAUGUGUAAGCCCCACUAGUGUCAGUAGGACUUUAGCACAUGCAGCAUUAGUUUGCUGAAUUGGGCUCUAGUUAAUUCUAGAGACUUAGCGUUUUUCACUUCCUAAGCAGAGUUAGUCCAUUUAUGGUUUUACCUUAUAGGUAUAGUGGCUAGCCAAGUAAAAUUUAAGUUAAUGUUUUUCUAUUUUUUAAUAAUUAUGGGUAUUAAUGCAAAAUACUUACCAAUGAGGCUGAAUACUUGUGUUCUGUUGGAAGAAACUUCCUCCUAUAAUUUCCUGAAUGAUCUGUGCCGAGCUAUUAUCCAGUAAUAUAUUCUCUGUAUGGUCUUUGCUGUUAAACUGUUUUUCUGUCACAUGCAAUUCUCUGCCAUAACUGUUUUAAUUAAUCUGCGCUGUUUUGACAAAGUAUGUCUUGUAGACAAGCUAAGUGAAAAACUGAUGUGUGGAGGCCUAGUUGCAAUGUAUUUCUUGAAGGGUCUCAUGUAACUUGUGUUUGAAUAAACAAGCUGAUUAAA